UAGUGGUUAUAUUAUAUACUCUUUGCCUUCAUCUUCAAUCCUGAUCCUUCGCACUAGGCACUGCUGCAUUCCAAUAGUUAUUAUUCUACUUACUAUUAUACCACAUUUAACAACACAAAAGAUUGCAACAAUGGAUAAUUCCAUCAACGACGGCAGAGUGUCAUUUAACCCCGGAUGGAAUGAUCCGCCAAAGAUCUCCUUUAAUAGUCAACAAACGCCUCCGAAUCGGCCUCGUAACUUUUUGAACAAAAGAGUUGCCUUUCCAUUGUCAGGGGCUAACACAAGCCCUGCAAGUGCACCCCCCGUCAACUUGCCACCCAUGCCAUCCGGUGCGCCCACCGCACUAGUUCCACCAAGUUUAACUCAGAGAAACACGCCCAGUAACUCUGACAUAAGCAUUAAUAGUGAAAGUGUUCUAGUGGAAGUGAAGACACUACUAGAAUUAUUAGAAAGCAGCAGUGAGCUGGGAGCCAAAGAUAAUGAUAUAAGAAGAAGGUUAGAUGUAAUGGAACAAAUGUGGAUGGAUGGAAAAUUAAAUCUUGAAGUACAAGUACAAAUGAAGGAACUUGCCCAUGCUCUACGGGAUGAUGAGCCUAAAAAAGCAGAUGACAUCCAUAAAGGUCUGAUGGUGAAUGAAGUAAGCAAAGUGGGCACCUGGAUGCCAGGAGUCAAACAACUAAUUCAUCAUUCCAUAGCUCGAUCUGAGCUUCUUUCUAUAGACAAAGAGUGACAUCUAACAGUGCCAUUUUGUAAAAGAAAGAGUGGAGCACCACAUCAGCUUUCCGAGUCCGGUCCGGACACAUCCCUACAAACAAGUUUCUGUGCAUGAUGGGUGUUAAAUCGUCACCACUGUGUGUAAACUGUCAGAAGACUGAUGACUUGUCUCACGUGUUGUUGGAAUGCGUCCGGAAAUCGGACUUGAGAAAAAGAUUUUUUGGUAGUCUGGGCUCCAUGCACAAUGGACAGAUCAAUUGUUGGUUGGCAGAGCCUAUAUCGGACAAAGCAUUCAGUGCUUACCACUUUAUUGACCUCUCCCUUGAGUAGGGAACUAUGAAAGCACCCAUGAGGCUGACAUGUUCACCUAGAGUGUCCAAAGCCUCUAUAAAAACUAGAUUAAAAAAAAAAAAACCACCGCAACUAUAAGCCAGUCCACAACUUUGUUGUUGUUGUUGUUGUCCUAUGGCACCCCAGAGGUGCAAAGGGCCUUCACAAGUCUCGCGCCACGCCUUCCUAUUUCAAAACAAAAGCGAUGCUUGCAUUAUUCGUUUCCCCUCUUCGAAUAGUAUUUAUUAUUUUUCCUUUUAUCAAAUAAUAUUUACAUGUGAACAUGUUAAGAGUCCCCGGCAAGCUCAGUUCUCCAUACGAACGUAGUUACACUCAUUUUAAAACUACUAGCUAGAUUGCGUUGAAACUUUGUACUUACAAUAGGAUAAGGUAAUUAAGGUAUAUCUAGGUCUGUGAUUGUUUUAUGUAGCUUCAGAUACAAUAGUAAAAAAAGUACAGCAAAUUUAAGUUUUGUAUACAAAACUUGUUUUUGCUCUAUUUCGUUUAUAUACUAGUAUAGAGCUAUAUAAACUAAUUAUAAUUACAGACCUAGAUAUACCUCAUGUCAUUGUACGUGCGAAGUUUCAUUACAAUCCAACACUAUUUCAUUAAAAUUAGAAUGAAACUCCGUUUGUAUGGGAAGGUGAAAUUCGGCCGAGCUUGUCGGGGACUUAAGAUUUGGGAGCUUUGGGUGGUUUUACUAACUAAACAAGUCAAGGCUGAGCUUUUGAUCUCUAGAAUUCAAAAAUUCCAAGGAUACAAUAGCCAGUCUGUUCCUUAUGGUUUAAUUUUAUAGUGAUACAUAUAAGUAUAAUAAAGAUUGUUUUAUUUUAAUAGAAAUGCAAUAUAAUUGUUGAA